UAAUACACAGUAGUUAGUAGUAGUAUAAUAGUAGUGGUUGGUGCAGUUUUAUAUUAUUAUGUUUAAUUCUAACGUUACUCCUACCAUACUCCUACUCACAUCAUUACUCAUUAGUCCUUAUAUAUAGUGUCGUUAGGAGUUACUACUAUAGUAUUACAGUGUGGUUACUGAUUAAUAUUUUAAUAACGACUAAUUGAUCGUUGAGCCAUACACAUUUCAUAUUAUAUUUUUAUAAACGUAACUGUAAAUCUCUCAUUACAAUGAAUCUCAUGCAGCUUUAAUAUUAUUUUUAUUUAGUGAAUCUCAUCUAGUUUUUAGUUUUUAACAUUAAAAUUAAAAUGUAUUCAUUUGUAUUGAAAUUGAGUGUAAUUACUUGCUUGUUCAUCACUGCCUGUGCAAAGUCUAUUCGUGAAGUUGGUUUGCAUGAAGAAUUUCUUGAUGAACGAUACUACAAUACUACUGAAAUAGCUGAUCUUCUGUAUAAAAUUGAAAAACAAAAUCCAACAAUAGCUAGAGUUCAUGAAAUCGGUGUAUCAUCAUUGGGCCAGAGUAUUUUAGCUAUUGAAAUAACUUCUAAUGUUGGACAAAGUAGAAGAAUUUUGAAGCCCAUGUUUAAGUACAUAGCAAACAUGCACGGAGAUGAAACUGUUGGCUUGCAACUGUUAUUAUAUUUAGCUCAAUAUUUGACGUCACUUUAUGGUUCAGAUCAUCGUGUAUCUAGAAUUGUGGAUUCAACAGAUAUAUUCCUGAUGCCUACACUUAAUCCAGAUGGUUAUUCUGCAUCACAGGAAGGUGAAUGCUAUUCUCAAAAAGGCUAUGCAGGCCGAAAUAAUGCAAAAGGUGUAGAUUUGAACAGAAAUUUUCCGCAAAUAGAUAAAAAAUCGUUUAAUAUGCAACAACCAGAAACUAGAGCAGUUAUAGAUUGGAUUCUUAACAAUCCAUUUGUGUUGUCAGCAAAUUUUCAUGGUGGUGCUGUUGUGGCCAGCUAUCCGUUCGACAAGUAUUAUUAUAGAAACACUUCUCAGGGAGGCAAAACACCAGAUGAUGCUUUGUUUAGAUAUUUAUCAAUCAAAUACGCUUCAAAAAAUCCUAAAAUGGCUAAUGGAUCGGCUUGUCAAGAAGAACAUUUCAAAAAUGGCAUUACUAAUGGUGCUGAGUGGUAUGAACUUGAAGGUGGAAUGCAAGAUUUUAACUACAUUUAUUCUAACUGUUUUGAAAUUACAAUUGAACUUACCUGCUGUAAAUUUCCAUCUCCAUCAGUGUUGACUAAAGAAUGGGAAUAUAACCGUGAAUCUUUGUUGACUUAUAUGGAGAGUGUUCAUAUGGGAAUUAAAGGGUUAGUUCAAGAUGAAAAUAAUAAUCCAAUUCCAGGGGCUAGUAUACAUAUUUUAGGAAUAAAUCAUACUGUAAAAACUACAAAUAGAGGAGAAUAUUGGAGACUGUUACUCCCUGGUACAUAUACCAUUACAGCUAAUGCUCCUGGUUAUAAUUCAUCAGUAUAUCGAAAUAUUAUAGUGAAGAAUGACACUCUACGCUCUACAACUGUCAACUUUACACUCCAUACAUUAAAACAAUCGUCAGCUGUUGAUUUGAGCAUGAUAGAGGUGAAGACCGGAACUAGAGACAUUGAUGGUUUCCCAAUUCCUGUGACUUUUGAGCACCACAAUUACGAUCGUCUGGUGUCUGCGUUGAACUUGAUUAAUGUCAACUAUCCAAACAUCACCAGACUGUACACUGUGGGCAAAAGUGUGCAAGGGAGAGACCUAUAUGUACUCGAAAUAUCCACCAGUCCCGGACGGCACGAACCUGGCAAACCGGAGUUCAAGUAUGUGGCUAACAUGCACGGGAACGAAGUGAUCGGCCGGGAAAUGUUGCUUUUGCUUGCUCAAUACUUGUGCCAGAACUACGGUAUCGAUCAACGCGUUACUCGGUUGGUGGACAGCGUACGAAUACAUCUAAUGCCUACGAUGAACCCUGACGGAUACGAAAUAUCCAGACAAGGAAUCGAAGACGUGAACGACUUGGUGGGCCGUGACAACGCAAACAGAGUCGAUUUAAAUCGCAAUUUUCCGGAUAAUCGACAUUCUUUGCACGUACAGAAACAAGAACCGGAAACCAAAGCAAUCGUCGAAUGGAUCAAAAGCAUUCCUUUCGUUUUGAGCGCCAAUCUACAUGGCGGAGCCCUCGUAGCCAACUAUCCCUUCGACAGCAGUGCGAUUGACGGUAAUUCCAUUCCGCAGGCAUCUUAUACCCCCGACAACGACGUAUUCGUGCUGUUGGCCAAAACAUAUUCCAUGAAUCAUCCAAAAAUGCAUUUGGAUAGAAACAAGUGCGCAAAUGACACGACGUCAUUCAAGGAUGGAAUAGUCAAUGGUGCCUCAUGGUAUAGCGUGGUCGGCGGCAUGCAAGAUUUCAACUACUUAAAUACGAAUUGCUUCGAACUAACGUUCGAGCUGGGCUGCACAAAGUUUCCGUUUCAGAAAGAUUUGGAAGGUUACUGGCUAGACAAUCGCGAGUCGUUGCUCACAUUUAUGGAACAAGUCAACAGGGGUGUGAAGGGAUUCGUACUGGACGACAAGGGGCAGGGUGUGCGUAACGCGGAUAUUUCUGUCGUGGGCAUUGAACACCCCGUGAAAUCAGCGAACGAUGGUGAUUACUGGCGGAUAUUGGUGCCGGGAGAUUACGAAAUAUCGGUGACGGCAUAUGGAUACAAAAGAAAAACCCAGUCCGUCCAUGUUUACAACUCUACGACACCCACUUGGUUGAACUUCACGUUGAUCAAGGAAAACCUCAAUGAAUGGUCUCAAGUCAACGAUUUUGGUUUGAGAACGAACGUGAUUAAAAUGAACGAAUACAAUACAAAAGCGUUGUUUCUAAGUAACCUCAAGGAACUAGAAACUAGUUUGUCAAGUGUAGCAGAAUUAAUUACAACGCCUAGUUCUUUAGAUUACCAUUCGGCGGAAAGUUCAAUAAUUCAAUUUAAAGUGACUGAAAAUGUAGGAUCGCCUGACGAAUUGAAGUUCAAAAUUGCCAUUUUGGGAGGAUUGUAUGUCAAUGAACCUGCUACUCGUGAGAUUUUAUUAUUUUUGGCUAGACAUUACGUCGAGGGUUACAGACAAAAAGACAAGGAUAUAGUUUCGUUUUUAUCAAAAGUUGUGCUACAUUUUAUACCAUACUUCGAACAAAAUGAGAAUUCUUACGAAAAAACAUGUUCGACCGAUGAUCAAGCAGUAGUUACCUCACCACUAUUGAUAGCCACUAACCAACAAGAUGAGCAGAAGACCACUGAUAACUUGUGGAAAAUGUUACAACGUGAACAGUUCGAUAUGAUGUUCAGUCUGGAAGGUGGAUCUAUUCAAAUAAAAGGUCCAACAAUUCAUCCAAGGAACACAAUUUCCAUAAUAUUACAGGAUUACGAAGAGUUAUUUUAUAGUAACUUAAAAAACACUUGCGGCGAACCAUUAGACCGUAAAAUUAAUGAUGUUAAACAAAAUGUUUUGGAUACAUUCAAUAAUGUAUUAAAAAUCAAAACUAUGGCAUUGCGUUUAACCUGCUGUAAUUAUAUUAAUCCGUUGGAAACAGUGUUUGUUUGGAUGGAAAGUUACCACAUGCUGAAAGUCAUCAUAGAAAACAUUCAAGGUGUUCAAGGAUCAGUUGUGGACAAAUUUGGCAAACCUAUUCGAAACGCAAUCGUAACAAUUAAUAUGUUUGCUGACAUUUAUUCAGUCACUCCUAAUUCUGCCGUUUUCAAAGCGCACUUACCGAUAGGUGGAUAUAAUAUUCAUGUCAAAGCAACUGGAUACUUGGCAAAAAGUAUUCCAAUAAUUGUACACCGUGGAAAUGUUACCAAGAUCAAUGUUAUUAUGUCAUCAGCUGUUGGCCAUGGUUCCGCAACUCUUGAAUUAAACACUUUCGUUAAAGGUUCUGUUAUGGAUAUUGAAAAUAAACCAAUAGAGGGUGCAAUCAUAACUGACGAUUCAUCUUCAUCUGUUUCCACUAGUUAUCAUAAUGGAACUUAUAAAUUACCUGUUGGAGAAGGUGUCAGAACUUUACGAGUAAGUGCUCAUGGAUAUUAUACUUCUGUAAAGUCCAUAAAUAUUCUAGAUAACAGACCUCAGACCGUGAUUUUCAAAUUAACUAAAGACGAGAGGGUUUUUAAUAUGCCAAGGUUGAUGUUUAUAGUUCUAACAGUUUUUAUAAUUUCUAUUAUUGGAGUAAGUUGGUAUCAUUUCUACCUUCGAUGGAAAACAGGGAGACCGUCAUCAUUUGCCUAUAAAAAUGGUUUUGCGUUGCUACCACAAAAACCUUAUCUUUUUGAUGACGAUGAUGAAGUAGAACUAUUCCGCAACCCAGUCAUUAAAGAUUCUGCGACGAGACCAUAUCAUGAUGAUUCAGAUAUAAGUUUCACUGAUAGUUCAGAAGAAUCAGAAUCUUGCUAUGUUCGGUAAUCAUUUUAAUCCCACUAUUUUAUUGUACAUUUAAGAACAAUCCUAAUGUGCUAUACUUCAAGAGGGCCAAGUUAAAAUUUUGAAUUUCUAUUAUGUACUAGUCAGUGAAAGCAUGCACUUGAUAUGUUUUAGGGAAAUUUAUAUUUUGUUAAGUAAUGUCUUGUGCAAUCCUUAAUUGUUUAGUAUUUAUGAUUAAUUAAUUUGUAUUAUUAUGCUGACCUUUUAGUUAGUAACAUUUUUUAUUUUAUAUCUAAUUAUUACAAAUAUAUUUGACAUCUCAUCUAUCUAAUACAUACUAAGAAGUGUUAUAUUUAAGUCAUUAUUUAAGAAAAUUAAACUAUAACUUGCACUAAA